AUGUUUGAAGAUGAUGAAGAAGAUUUAGAUUAUGAAUCUUACUCUAGAAGGGGAAAGAAGGCCGAUGAUUCAAAAGAUAAUAAUCUGGGCAGCAUCAAGAUGAAGAUUCCUAUCUUUCAAGGAAAGAAUGAUCCCGAACUUUACUUGGAAUGGGAGAGAAAAGUUGAACAUGUGUUUGAUUGUCACAACUAUUCAAAUGAGAAAAAGGUGAAAUUGGCAGCCGUUGAGUUCACGGAUUAUGCAAGCAUAUGGUGGGAUCAAUUGAUGAUUAGUCGGCGAAGGAUUGGAGAAAGGCCAAUUCGGUCAUGGGAAGAUAUGAAAUUGGUAAUGCGCAAGAGAUUUGUACCUAGCCAUUACUAUAGAGAUUUACAUAGAAAGUUACAAGGGCUGGUUCAAGGCUCCAUGAGUGUGGAAGACUAUUAUAAAGAAAUGGAGAUGGCAAUGAUUAAAGCUAAUAUAGAGGAAGAUCGAGAGGCUACCAUGGCAAGAUUUAUUGGAGGCUUAAACAAAGAGGUUGCUGAUGUGGUUGAAUUGCAACACUAUGUGGAGAUGGAGGAGCUGUUGCACAAGGCCAUCAAAAUAGAAAAGCAAAUCAAGUCCAAAGGAUCCAAAUCGGGUUUGGCUUCUAGUUCCACAUGGAAGUCUAAUUGGAAGGAUAACAAAUCUGCCUCAAAAACAAAAGAAGAUGCAAAGCCAAAAGAUUCGGUUGCUAUUUCAAAAGGUAAAACCGAAACUAACACUUCUUCUAAAUCACGUAAUGUUAAGUGUUUUAGGUGCCAAGGAUUUGGGCAUAUUGCUUCCCAAUGCCCAAACAAGAGGAUUAUGAUUAUGUUGGAGAAUGGUGACAUUGAAAGUGCUAGUUCAAGUGAGGAUGAGAUGCCACCCUUAGAAAAUUGCAGUGAUAUUGACAUUGAAGAACCUGUACAUGGAGAUAUGUUGGUGACAAGAAGAGCACUAAGCAUCCAGCCUAAGGAUGAUGGUGAUAAGGAGCAACGUGAACAUAUUUUCCAUACUAGAUGUCAUGUGAAGGGAAAGAUAUGUACCAUGAUUAUUGAUAGCGGAAGCUGCACUAAUGUUGCUAGUACUUUGUUAGUAGAUAAGCUGGAGUUACCCACCAUGAAGCAUCCUAAUCCAUACAAGUUGCAAUGGUUAAAUGAAUGUGGAGAAGUGAGGGUAAACAAGCAAGUGCUCGUUUCAUUUUCAAUUGGCAAAUACACAGAUGAGAUUCUUUGUGAUGUGGCACCAAUGCAUGCUAGUCAUAUUUUGCUUGGACGACCAUGGCAGUUUGAUAGGAAGGUUACACACAAUGGAUACAAAAACCAUUAUUCUUUUAUGAUGAACAACCGCACUGUAGUCCUAACCCCUCUCAAACCUUUGCAAGCUUAUGAAGAUCAGAUUCGGAUAGCGAGAGAGUGUAAAAAGAGAGAAGGUGAGUCCGAGAGGAAAAAUGCAAAUGAAAGGAGUGAGAUUGAGAGCAGAGAGAAAAGUAUUCAAAAAAAAGAGAAAAGUAAAAAAAUGAGUGUGUUUGCUGAAAAAAAUGAGGUUAAGAGUGUUAUGUUCUCAAGACAGCAACUACUUGUACUUAUGUACAAGGAUGUUUAUCUUUCUACUAACGAUCUUAACCCCUCCUUGCCUAGUGUUGUUGUGACUUUAUUGCAGGAAUUUGAGGACAUAUUUCCAAAAGAGAUUCCUAAUGGACUACCACCCUUAAGAGGCAUUGAGCAUCAAAUAGACUUCAUGCCCGGUUCUACCAUUCCAAACAGACCUGCAUAUAGAGCUAAUCCCGAAGAAACAAAGGAAAUCCAAAGGCAAGUGGAUGAGCUGGUGAAAAAGGGAAUUGUCAGAGAAAGUCUUAGCCCAUGUUCGGUUCCUGUCAUCCUAGUCCCAAAGAAAGAUGGAACAUGGCGCAUGUGUGUGGAUUGCCGAGCCAUCAACAAAAUAACAGUUAAGUAUAGACAUCGCCUACAAGCUGGAUUUGCCAAGCAACUAUAG